AUGCUUCUCUUUUUAUACAUUAUCAGGUACUUAUUACACACAAAGCAACGACGUGAUGACACAUGUGAACAUCUAAGAAAAAUAUUAGGAGAGUAUUGCAUCAGUUGUGAGCUUCAGUUGGCAGGGCCUGAAUAUGAAGGUCAGCAGGCAUUCACUUCUCUUCCUCAACCAGUUGCUGAUGAAUUGUUUAAAUGUGAAUUGUCUGAGAAGGAGUCCUCAGAUGCAAGAAAAGUUAAGAGGGUCGUUGUCACAGUGGAUAAUUUUCUGAGCCCAACUCAUAUAUUGCUUCAAAUACAGUGCAUUGAUCAGAAGGGUCUCAUCUAUGACAUUUUGAGGACUUCAAAGGACUGUGACAUUCAGAUUGCAUUUGGAAGAAUCUCUUCUACUGCCAAGGGCUACCGGACUAUGGAUUUAUUCAUACAAUUGUUUGUUGGCUUGCCACCAUUAAAUAUGUCUAGAUUGAUUAAAAAAAUGCCUUCCUUUUGCUAUAUAUACGGGUGUUUUAUUGGUGAGACUAAAUUGUUCUAGAAUGAUAAAGGUAUUCCAUAAUAUUUUUUAUUUGAUGGGUUAGGUGUUUUGAUGAAUUAGAUUUAUUUUGACACCAUCAGCGGCGAACGCGAGACAGG